UGUUAAAGCUGGUCAGGAGUACAACAGCUAGAACGACUACAGAUUUCUGACGCAUACUCGUCCUCCUUCUGCAAAUCAGUAGAGACUGCCCAAUUGUGCGGCGAACCUCCUACUUAUGACAUAUGACACCAGUCUACUUAGGGGGUGUUAUAUGAGAUCUUGAUCAACAGAUGAUAAGGCGGUGGGUUGGUGUAUGUAUGAUAUCCGCUAGGGUGCCGUGGUCUAUACAAAGUACCGAAUAUAACCAGAAAGUGUUUGUCCGCAGGCACCGAUUACAGAAUCGACGAACAGCGGCGCUCACACACACCAGAAGCUUCUUGCCUUUCACAGCAUCCGGGACCUAUGGUUGUCUACACGCUUUCUCGUCGUAGGGCGACAUGGACGCCUCCGAUGAUUUGCCUCUUUCGCUUCCAGUGAAAUCAAUACUGGACCAUUUUACGUGCCCUGUGUGCUUCUCUUUUGUCAAGAACACUCACAUUACUCCUUGUGGACACAAAUUCUGUGAAGGAUGCAUCAAGGAAUGUAUCAACAGAAGGCAUAAAUGUCCAUGUUGUAAUGGCCAUGUGGCUCUAGAACAGCUUAUCAGAGAUCAUCAGCAUGAUGAAUUGCUCGAGAUUAUAUCGAGGGAAAAGGAAGCUGCUGAAAAGAAGUACUUCGAGAGUUUGAUAGAGUCAGCAAGUGCUAAUGCCUUUAUGGAGUCUCAAUCAACAGGUUCUCGUCCUGUUGCUAAGAACAAGUCUUUUGAUCUGUCACCUAUUGAAACAGUUCUUCGAAAACAUCUUAAGGAGACUCUAGUGGCAUACGAGGAAUAUCUUGUGAAAUUGCAAAAAGAAUGCAUUUGCAGUCAAGAACAAUGUUCUAUUGAAGAACGAAAGAAAGCACACUUUCUUGCAGAAGAGGGCAAACGUGAACAAGAUCGCAAAAGUUCUGAAGAAGAAUUUCAACUUCAGAAAGAGAAAAUUCAGCAGCGAUUUGAAAGUUGUGCUACUAUGUUGGCAGAAUCAUAUGAUCGGUAUUUGUCUGAACAGCUGAUAGCGCCAUCGUUAAUUCCAGUAGAUGUCUCAAUGACAUUGGCAGGGCGAGAUAUCACAUUCCAUAUUGUGAAGGUGACACCAACUGACAGUACUGUGGAGCUGAGGGCAACACUGAAGAGUUUGCUAGAGAGCAGAGGAGAAAAGGUCAUCUCAAUUGAUGAGGUGGAGUUUGUAUUGAUUAGCCCUUUUGCCAAGGAGAGGGGAGUAAACAUUCAGAUGUGGGAUGAUACGAUGGCUGAGAAGUUUGAAGGGAGAGAAGACAUCUUACUGUUGGUUGAGGGAAGCAGGCCAAUUUUACAACAUGGAAUGAAGCCGGGUAGCGAACUUUGUGCUGUAGGACAAAUUGUUCUAGAAAGUGACCUUCCCAAAGUUUGUUUUGCAACAACAUUUCAGAAAGAUGUUGAGCAAAUUGUGGACUACUUUAUGUGUAAAGACUGCAGGCUUAAAUGGAUUUGCAAACCGUGUCGAGAUUCAUGUCACAAAGGUCACACAACAGUUAUGUACAUUGCAGGCCAUGUAGCGAAAUGGGCUUGUUGUUAUUGUCCAAAGAAUCAAAAGGUAUUGCUUGUUAAAAAAGAUCAAUAAUGCCGUUGUUGGCAACAUGUUAGUUGUUCUUAUCAUCUUUUGUUGUUGUAGUGUCAAAUUCAGUCUUAAUAGUUGACAAAUGGAUUACCAAAGUGAUUUGUACAUUCAUCAAGCAUGAAAUGGCUGUAGAAUAAUUAGUGCUGAGUAGUCACGUUACUAUAUGUCUUGUUGUGGAUUUCUUGUAGACAUUGUCUUUUAUUAGUCAAGUAAUACAAUACAAGUUUGAUAUUUGUCGGAAA